GAAUGAAUGAAUUUUUAAUUUUUUGUAAUUUUUAAAAUAAUGAAAAAUUUCAAUGUAUUUGCCUUAAAAGAUAUUUUUAAAAGCAUAAGUAUAGGACAUGAAGCAAUAGAUAAUUUGAUAGGUGGAACCCCAUUAGGCAGCAUAAUACUCAUUGAAGAAGAUUAUGUUACAACUCAUUCAGACAUAUUACUCAAAUAUUUUAUAGCACAGGGUAUAGUGGAUAAACAUGAAAUACUGUUAACAAGUGCUGAUAGUGAUUUUCAUAAGUUUUUGGAAAUUCCAAAUAAUAAAGAAGAAUCAGAUGUUCUUCUACAUAAGAAUGAUGAUCUGGAUAUAGCCUGGAGAUAUAAAAGCCUUAAAGCAGCAUCAGAUGUGUCAAAAUACAGAGAUCCAAAUAUAAUUAGUGGUAAGUUUGAUUUGCAGAACAUAUACACUUAUGCUGAAAUUAUAGAAAAUUCCUUCCUAAAAGUUUAUGAUGUAUAUAAUGAUAGAAUUUUAGACUAUUUAUCUGGCCAACAAUCUAACUAUGAUAAUUUCAACUAUGAUAAACUUGACUUUUAUAAUUGUAUAAUAUCAAAAAUUGAAUCAUUUAUGAAACAAGACAUCAUUCUGAAUUCUAUAUCUGACCAACCAAAUAGCAAUUCACUUUUAAAUGAUAAUAAACAACAAACAGCAAUCACCUUGAACAAAAAAUCUGGUGUGUUUAGAAUAGCCUUACAUUCUUUAGGAUCACCAUAUUAUCAUAUGAAAAGCAAAAGCGUUGAUGAAAAUUAUGCGAAUUUAUGCCAAUUUAUAAUGAAGCUCAAGACAUUCAAUACUCAGGAUACCAAAACAUGUAUCAUUAUUUCACUACCGAUUGCUCAAUUCGAAAACAAUGCUACACCAAGUAGUGUAUGGUUGUCGAGGAUAGAAAGUUUGUGCCAUACCGUUAUUCAAUUGAAACCAUUCGAACAUUCUGGAAAUAAUACUAGCCAAAACUCGAUGCUAGAUCAAUAUCAUGGAAUAUUCAGUGUUAAAAAAAUUAGCCAUUUAUACGCCUUGCCUUACAAAGUGCCCCCCGGAAAAAAUGACAUGGCUUACAAGCUGAAGAAAAAACAAUUUAUUAUACAAAAAAACUUUAAAGUAAAGUUUUGCGUUGCCGUUACUCAAAAAAAGGAGACGCGUUACCGUUACUGUUACCUCUAAAAGAAGGUAAUGAAUGACCUUCCUUUUCUUCAAAAAGAAACUACAUUUACCCCCAACGUUAUCCACCUAUGAAAGUGCUUCGGACAUGCUAUGCGGCUCUUCUUCAUAUAAACAUUCAACUAGCAAAUUAGAUUUUUGAAAAAUUUAUAGGAUUUUAAAUAUUAUUUAUAGU